UAUUUUAUCAUCUGGUAACUGUCCUUUAAAGGUUCUGUCAAAAUUUUCCAGUUCCGGUCUUUUUACUCCUCCGUGGCAUGGCGGACGGUCUGAGCCGCCGCAUAUAGUGUUUUUUGGAGGAAAUUCUUCGCUAAAUAGCGAAAUGAGUCUAUCAGUCGCCCGACCGCUUGUGUCAGUCUACUCCGAGAAGAGUGAGGUGGUCGCCGGGGCUGCCCUGCCGCUCCCGUUCGUGUUCAAGGCGCCCAUCCGCCCGGACCUCGUCAACAAUGUGCAUGUGUCCAUGUCUAAGAACGCGAGGCAGCCUUACAGCGUGAACAAGGAGGCUGGUCACCAAACUAGCGCUGAGUCAUGGGGUACCGGUCGCGCCGUAGCGCGUAUCCCCCGUGUCCGUGGUGGUGGUACCCACAGAUCGGGUCAGGGUGCGUUCGGUAACAUGUGCCGCGGGGGGCGCAUGUUCGCGCCCACGAAGCCGUGGCGGCGCUGGCACCGCCGCGUCAACCUGCGCCAGCGCCGCGCCGCCGUCGCCGCCGCCGUCGCCGCCGCCGGCGUGCCCGCGCUGGUGCAGGCCCGAGGCCACAUCAUUGAGAAGGUCCCCGAGAUGCCCCUGGUGGUGUCAGACAAGAUCCAGGAGAUCAAUAAGACCAAGAACGCUGUGAUCUUCCUCCGCCGCGUCAAGGCCUGGUCUGAUGUUCUCAAGGUCUACAAGUCGCAGCGCCUGCGCGCCGGCAAAGGCAAGAUGCGCAACCGCCGCCGCGUGCAGAAACGCGGACCCCUCAUCGUCUACCACAAGGACCAGGGUCUGACCAAGGCGUUCCGCAACAUCCCCGGCGUGGACCUGAUCAACAUCGACAAGCUAAACCUGCUGGCGCUGGCGCCCGGUGGUCACGUCGGUCGCUUCAUCAUCUGGACGCAGUCAGCCUUCGACCGUCUUGACGCCCUGUUCGGCUCAUGGAAGACGCCUUCCAAGGACAAGAAGAACUUCAACCUGCCGCAGCCCAAGAUGGCCAACACAGACUUGUCCCGCCUGCUCAAGUCCGAGGAGAUCCGCAAGGUGCUGCGCGCGCCCAACAAGCGCGUAGUCCGCGCCACACGCAAGCUGAACCCGCUGACGAACACGCGCGCCAUGCUGCGGCUUAACCCGUUCUCGGCGGUGCUGCGCCGCAAGGCGGUGCUCGACCAGCAGAGGCGGGCUAACCAGAAGGCGCUGUCGCUUGCUGAGAAGCGAGGCAUCAAGCUGUCCGCUGACGAUGAGGCAGUCAAGGCACAAAAGCUGAGGGAGAAGAGGACGAAAGCUAUCAAGGCCGCCGUAGCCAAGAAGCCCAAGAAGCCCGUGGCCAAGAAGACCGCGCCGCCGCCGCCGAAGAAGAAGGCCGCCAAGGACGACAAGAAAGCCAAGAAGCCCGCGGCCAAGCCGGCGCCCAAGAAGUGAAUAAAUUAAGUUUUAUAGACCUA